AUGGAGCGAUUGGAGAAAAACAUAGCUGAGAUCCUAUGCAAGCUUGAAAAGGUCUUCCCCCCUGCAUUUUUUAACUCCAUGGAGCAUUUACCUAUUCAUUUUCCAAAUGAGGUGAAGUUAUGUGGUCCUGUUCAAUAUAGAUGGAUGUAUCCGUUCGAAAGGUUCCUCAAUCAUUUGAAACGAAAAAUUGGAAACAAGGCUCGAGUUAAAGGAUCCAUUUGCAAUGCUUAUCUCAUCGAAGAGAUAGAAAACUUCUGCAGUAACUGUGCUCGAGUUGAAGGAUCCAUUUGCAAUGCUUAUCUCACCGAAGAGAUAACAAACUUCUGCAGUAACUACUUUCAGGCGACGGUUGACACUGAAACACGAGAUCUCGGUCAAAAUGUGAAUGCCGACGUGGACUCCACAGUGGACAACGUUGAAAUUCCAGAGUUGUUCAAGGAGGAUAGCGGUCGUGUGUCAAAUGAGGGCAAAACUCGGUUUUUAGAUGAAAAAGAACUCGAGGGAGCUCAUUUGUUCGUGUUAUGGAACACUGGCAUUCUUGGUGAAUACGAAAGGAAGUUCGAGGACUACAUUCUUAGUACUCAACCUUAUCUGCGUAGAGAAGAAGUAAUGGAGAAAUGCGAAGCUGAAUUCUCUGAUUGGUUUCAUCGCAAGGCACCAUCCCCACAAGUACAUGAAACGCUUUGCCCACCGAAUGACAUUCCGGACUAUACCAUAGAUGAUGAUGAGGAAGAUGAUGAUAAUGGCUUUGUUAUCUCAAGUGAUGAAGAUGAUGAAUCUAGUAUUGACUCUAGUGAUAGUGAUGAGGAUGAAGACAUCGAUGUAUUGUUAGAUGAUAGUAGUGAUGAUUCCAGUAGUGAUAGUAGUGAUGACAAUAAUGAAUAG